GUGUGUGAAACAAGGUGGCACAGUGGCAGGUGCCUGUGGUGAUGGGUGAGGUUUUAACUACUUCAAACCCUAACCAAGCCAAACAUGAGAGUGAACAAAUCCCAACUCUGUGUACUCUCUAAGAGGAUGAAAGUGAUCUUAAUGAUGCUAAUUUGUAGUUGAGAAAAUAAGUAGAACCUUAUCAUUUGAGAUUCCCACAUGAUUUUGCUGCUGCUAGUUUCUUUCUGCUGUCCACUGAUCAAGGUUAUACAUCGACCGUUACACUCCGCUGGUGAGAAGCUGGGUGGGUAUGUGUAUGAAGUGUCAGGCAAGAGAUGAGUCAAAUGUUUGAAAGGGGCAGGAUUUCCUUUAUAUUCUAGGAUGUGUUGAGCAGGACUAAGUUCUACGGGCAGCAGACAACCUUAUGCCAUGUCACCCAGGAUUUCCAUACCAGUGAUCUGUGCCCUUUUGAACUGAAAUACACCUGGUAGCCAUGGCACCAUCUACAUCCCGAGCUUUCUUCUUCCUACUUCUCCUCCUCAUCCUCAGCUUACUCUUAUCCCUGUUUUAUUACUGCUUGUUAGACCAGAGGUUUUAUCUGCAAAAAUAUCAUCUAGAUGUUCCUCAGAGAAACAUCAGCAUCCUGCUGUGGCACUGGCCAUUUGGCCGCUCCUACAGGCUUGAUGGAGACAAAUGCCAGAUGUACAACAUCAGCCGCUGUUUCCUCACUGAUAACACCUCUGCCUUCUCCACUGCUGAUGUGGUCGUCUUCCACCACCAGGAGCUGAGCACAGGUCUGUCAGCGCUGCCCUUGCACCUGGAUCGCCCAGCCUCCCAGCACUGGGUGUGGAUGUCCAUGGAGCCUCCGGUCAACAAUGCAAACCUUACACAGCUCAAUGGCCUCUUCAACUGGACGAUGAGUUACAGACGUGAUGCAGAUAUAUCUAUUCCUUAUGGGAAAACCAUUUUAGGAAGUGAUGACCCAGGCUUCCAGGCUGCUCCAAAUCAUUCCUGCCUUGUCAGCUGGGUGGUCAGCAAAUACCAGGCUCACCAGACUCGGGCUGGUGUGUACAAAAGUCUAAAGAAGUAUAUCCCUAUAGAAGUGUAUGGCAGCUGGAACAAGAAACCUCUAUCAGACAGGAAACUGUUGCCUACCAUCGCAAACUGUAUGUUUUACCUGUCUUUUGAGAACUCUGAGGCAAAGGAUUACAUCAGUGAGAAGCUCUGGAGGAAUGCUUUUCAAGCAGGGGCCAUACCAGUGGUUCUCGGCCCCAGCAGAGCCACCUAUGAGGCCCUGGCUCCCCCUGGUUCCUUCAUCCAUGUGGCUGAUUUCAAGAGCACAGCAGAUCUGGCUGCCUAUCUGAAGCAUGUGGCUGCAGACAGGCAGGCUUAUGAGGCGUACUUCCAGUGGCACAGCACUCACAGAAUAAAAACCUACACUGACUGGAGAGAAAGGCUGUGUCAGAUCUGUGUCCAAUACCCCAGUUUACCAGCCAGUAGAAUCUAUCAGGACCUGGAGAGCUGGGUUAAGAGCUAAUUUUUUUCAGGUGUUUUGAUUGGAACUGCUGAUGCUACUGCAUCACCUCAUGUAAAUGUGACCAUACUGUGACAAUUUGAUGUAGGAUUACGUGUGCCUCAGGAGCCAAUUUUGAUAAACAAAACUGCACACAACAUAAACAAAUAUCAAGUAGUUGGUUGGGUUGGCUGUGCACUGUACGAAAAAGCGGAAGUGGGAACUUGUGUGUAAACAUUAAUAAGCAUGCUCUGUUUGUUCCAACCAUGGAGGCAAGUUUCUCUUUACAGCAGGCCACUGAUUCUUGUAAAUAGUGAGGGCAUUUCAUUAUUCUUCACAUGAAAUGUCUGCUCAUGAUAAAAACAAGAAAGACA